AUGGGGGGCGAACGAAGGAAGACAUCCGGCGGGAAGGGCAGAGGAGUGGAAGAGGACUCGCCGCUGCAUGUUGCGGCGAGGGCGGGGGACAUCGUCGCCGUCCGCACCAUAUGCAGCUCCAACCCCCUCUCGGUGAAUGCCCGGGACAGGCACUCCCGCACCCCGUAUCCUUCGCCGUCGCCUCUGUUCGAUUACUUUCAUGGUGCCUUCCUGCGCGUUUGUCGUCGUUUUUCCGACCGAUUUCCCGAUAACCAAGAGAUAUCUCCUGUAGAUUAUGUAUCGUGACUGAUCAGCAACUGAUUCUGUGAGGCAACGGGCAGGAGGAGAUAAUGGGUAGGCAAGCUAGAGGUGACUAGGUUAAGAGUUAGCCUCUCCAAGAUGAGCCGGGGUGUGCUUACGCCCACAAUGGUCUCCAAUGGAUACUGACGUUACGAAUGGUUUCGAAUAUCGCUUUGUUAGAUAUUUUCAUGGAUCCGCAUCUGUUUCUCCGGUACGUCCGCACCAUGCUUGCUUUUUACUUAGUUUCUGUGCCUUCUAGUUUUCUCAUUCGAAAUUCUCUCUUCCCACUGUCUCCGAGGGUUUUCUCCUGAUUUAUGGACACUUGACAGUAGACAUCAGUGCAUGCUCUUGUGAUGCUCAAUCGUCCUACAUUUCUUUCAACGUUGAAAUCUCCCGCUAUUUUCACUCGAGAUCAGACUCUGGCGUUGUCAUGAUCUAACGCGGCGGCUCUUUAUUGAAACUCUUUUGAAAACGGCACGACCAUGAAUUUGAUUUCAAUCUAUCUCCUCACUUUUCACUUCUUCUUUUCGUUGUUUCUCACGAUGCAAUUGUUUCUCUUUUUUCAAAAGAAGUAUCGGUAGGAUAUUUAUGAAAAAUAAUUCGUUAAUAAAAGGAGAACUAGUUUGAUUCUACAGAAAUUCUUAACUCCUAAACCUGAAAAUUGCUUCAAGCUCUAAAGAUUUUUUGGGGGCAUAUUGGGGGCUCACCCACUACAGUCUACUCCUUCAUGGUUUACUUCUGAUGUCUAGGCAUUGAAACUACCAUAGGAUCUUAGUGUAUGUGCCUAGAUAUGCGUACUUACUGUAUCUUAGUGUAUCCCCUCUGUUUCUAUUUAAUGUAACUCUGCUAUCUGGGUAAUCCAGAAAUGGUUCUACUUCUUUUUAAUUUGACCAAUACCCAAAUUAUUGUGGGUUCUUUUCACCGUGGCCAAUGACUCAAAUUAUAAUGGUCUACUGGAUCAUGUUGUGGAUGCUUUCCACUUUGGUCUGUAAUCUAGGACGUUCUUGAUAUUGAAGAUAUACCACGUCAGUCACCUUGAAAGCCACUUUUGGCUGACCCUGGUUGUCAACCGCAGCCUUUGCUUCUUUGAAACAGCACCAACCUCUGAAAUCAAGUAUUGACAAACUGCUUAUGGAAGAAAAAAUAUUCAUAGAUGUAUUUACUUCUCGUCUCCGUUUGGGGACUACUUUCCCAUCUGGGGAUAGUGGCCCAGUCUGAUAUUUGGCCGAUAAUUGCCCGCUUUGCAUUUCAACAUGGCCAUCUAUCUCUGUUGUCACCCAAUUUUUUUUUUGUGUGCAUCCAUUGAAUCCUCACAUUUCAUUGUCUCUACAAUACGUGAUUGCAAUAUGGUAUGGUAUGGUAUGCGCUUAUUGUCGCCGUCGUUCAUUCAUUUCAAGUUGGUUCCCUUGACGCGGAUAAUUCCUCGAAGACUUCACCUAGCCGCGUGGUCUGGGCACCUGGAGGUCGUCAGUUACCUCUGCAGCCACAAGGCCGACCCGGGUGCGGCUGCCAUGGACGACAUGGGCGCCAUCCAUUUCGCCGCCCAGAAGGGCCACACAAACGUCGUCCGCGCCCUCCUCUCCUCGGGAGCGUCCGUCCGAGCUGCCAACCGCAAGGGUUGGACUCCGCUGCACUACGCCGUGAAGGGCUCCCACCUAGACCUCGCCAAGUACCUUAUCCGGAAAGGGGCCAACCUUGACGCGAAGACCAGGGCGGGGGAGACGCCGCUCGACCUCGGCGGCGGCGACGAAUACCGCGCGACCCUCUCCGAGUGUGAGCGCAAGCUCCAGCAGUCGCACAAGGAAGAAGGGGCCGCCGCUGGGAAGAAGGCCGGAGAUGAACGGACUGCCGACGAUGGGAAGAGGAAAGCUUCUGCUGAGCUUCCAGUGGAGGGCGGCGGAGAGGGGAAGAAGGCCCGGGAAGUGGGUGCUGGACAAGACGCCUCCGUGCCCAAAAAGCCUAGAGUCGUCCUCUCGCACCUCAUCGAAGAGGAGGAUAUGGAGCAGGAACAAGAACGGUAG